AGUGGUGAUGAGGGUUCCCCUUGGAAAGCUCUUGAGAAAGCAAUGGGUAAUUUGAAGAAGGACCAGUCGAUAGAGGAUGUAUUACGUCAGCAGAUUGAAAAGAAUGAAUUUUAUGAAGAGAGAGGAGGUGGUGGUGGUGGUGGUGGCAGUGGCAGUGGCAGAGGCAGUGGCGGUGAUGGUGCAGGUGGUUCUGGAUCAGAGGAUGAAGGCCUUGCUGGAAUCAUGGAUGAAACACUGCAAGUGAUUCUCGCAACCAUUGGAUUUAUAUUUCUGUAUUUUUACAUCAUCAGCGGUGAGGAGUGGACUCGGCUAGCAAAGGACUACAUCAAGUUUCUCUUAUCGGGGUCCAAGAGUAUUCGUUUACAGCGUUCCAUGUACAAAUGGGGAAGGUUCUACAAGAAUCUGACUGAGAAGAAGUAUUGUGAUAAGUUCUGGUUGGAGAAGGCCAUAAUCACUACCCCAACUUGGUGGGAUAGCCCCGAUAAGUACCGGCACAUCGUUAGAUCUAAUUUAGAAUCAAAUUCAGAUGAAUAACCCAGGUCACAUUGCAUAACCCUUCCCUCUACGUUGUUUGUGUUGAUUUUGGGGGAUAGUAUAAGUCUUCAAUUUAGCACCUAUAUUUUAUUGUUUAUUUUUUACAGUUGGGAUCCUUAAAGGAUCAAAUUCUUGUUUUUACAACAAAAAGGGCCCCCUCGAUGGGAUCUCUGCAAUUCUAUCAUAACAGGAAUAGCAAUUACAA